GCCUCUCCCAGCACACCAUGGUAUUAUUUCAGAGAUACCUCUGUCUUUUGCCCAUAUGGGUGGCCACUGUACUGGGCAACAACACUCCCACCAGCCCGGAUGUCCUCACAUUCGUCGAUCCACUCAUCGGCUCCACCAACGGAGGCAAUGUCUUCGCGGGCGCAAGUCUCCCCUACGGAAUGGCCAAGGCAGUUGCCGACGUCGACGGCCAAAACACCGGAGGCUUUUCGACUGACGGCAGCAACGUCACCGGCUUCUCUGCCUUGCACGAUUCCGGCACCGGCGGGAAUCCAUCGCUGGGAAACUUCCCCCUGUUUCCCCAGCUCUGCCCAGACGAUGCGCUCGACAACUGCAAGUUCCCAAAGGCCGCGCGCGCCGUCCACUACCUCAAUGACUCGGUGGUGGCCCGGCCGGGCUACUUUGCCCUCUCGCUGGAGAAUGGCAUUCACGCGGAAAUGACAACCACCCACCAUGCGGCGCUGUAUCGUUUCAACUUCCCGUCUGCCACGACCGAUGAGGGCGCCCCGCUCAGUCCGAUGAUUCUGCUAGACUUGACUGAUCUAUGGGAUAGUCGGCAGAAUGCGUCGGUCAGUGUUGAUGCCCAAACGGGCCAGAUCAAAGCAAAUGGUACUUUCUUGCCCAGUUUCGGUGCGGGGUCGUACAUGUCGUACUUUUGCGCGGACUUCGAGGGCGCUUCUAUACGUGACACCGGCAUCUGGGUUAACAAUCGCGCGGGCACAGAGCCCAAGGAGCUGUUUGUUACUCGAGGUUUCAAUAACUUCUACCUCCAAGCCGGUGGUUUCGUGCGGUUUCAACGACCAGAUAAUGGGACCGUGACGGUUAGAGUUGGCGUCAGCUAUAUCAGCACGGAGAAGGCCUGUGAGAAUGCUCGAACGGAGAUACCUGACCCGCUGGGCGACUUCGAGCGGAUCCGGGAGUACGCCGAAAACACGUGGAGAGAGAAGCUGGGUCCCAUCUCUUUGGAGACCGGGGGUGUGAGCGAGGAGAUUCAGACGACCUUCUGGAGCGGCGUGUAUAGAACCAUGCUGGAUCCUCAGGACCUGACCGGUGAGAAUCCGCUCUGGGAGAGCAGCGAGCCCUAUUUUGACUCGUUCUACUGCAUCUGGGACUCUUUCCGAGCCCAGCACCCACUGCUUACGAUCAUCGACCCGCACACUCAGUCGCGGAUGGUGCGCAGCCUCCUUGACACAUAUCGCCACGAAGGCUGGCUACCAGACUGUCGAAUGAGUCUAUGCAAAGGGUGGACGCAAGGCGGCUCCAACGCCGACGUGGUCCUGGCUGACGCAUACGUCAAGAACCUUACCGGUAUCGACUGGGAUGUCGCCUACGAAGCCAUGGUGAACGACGCCGAGAACGAGCCCCAGGAGUGGUCCUACGAGGGACGCGGCGGCCUCCAGAGCUGGAAACAACUCAACUACAUCCCCUACCUUGACUUCGACUACCUGGGAUUCGGCACCAACUCGCGCAGUAUCUCCCGCACGCUCGAAUACGCCUACAACAACUUCUGCCUUGCCACCGUCGCCAGAGGCCUCGGCAAAUACGACGACUCCCUCAAAUACCUCGCCCGCGCAAACAACUGGCGGAAUCUCUUCAAGGCCGAUCAAACCUCCUUCUUCACCAAUGGCACCGAUACCGGCUUCGUUGGCUUCUUCCAGCCCAAAUACCUCAACGGAACCUGGGGCCAUCAGGAUCCGAUCGCCUGCAGUACUCUCUCCUCUUCAUGGUGCUCUCUAACGAGCAAUCCCUCUGAGACCUUCGAGUCCAGCAUCUGGGAAUACCAAUUUUACGUCCCUCAUGAUAUACCCAGUCUAAUUACCCACCUCGGCGGCGCAUCCACCUUCACUUCCCGCCUCACCUUCUUCCACACCUCCGGCCUCGCCGACCUAUCCAACGAGCCCGUCUUCCUCACCAUCUUCCAAUACCACUACGCCCACCGCCCGGCCCUCUCCUCCCACCGCAUCCACACCCUGAUCCCCUCCCUCUUCAAUGCCUCCUCCGCAGGCCUCCCCGGCAACGACGACUCCGGCGCAAUGGGCGCCUUCUCCGUCUUCGCGAUGCUCGGCCUGUUCCCCAACCCCGGCCAGAACGUCUACCUGAUCACGCCCCCGUUCUUCCCGCAGGUGAGUGUCACGAACCCUGUUACCAAUUGCACCGCUACUGUGAGGAAUGUGGGCUUCGAUCCCGAGUAUCGCCGUAUCUAUGUACAGAGUGCGACAUUGGAUGGGGAGGUUUAUACCAGGAAUUGGAUCGGGCAUGAGUUCUUUACCCAGGGAGGCGUGUUGGAGUUGGUGUUGGGGGAGGAGGAGAGUGGCUGGGGGACUGGGGGUGGAGAUGGGCCGCCUGGUUUGGUGGGGGAGGGGGAUGAUUAA